AUGACCUCUCUAAUCCCAUUAUCUGAAAUUCCGACCCUUUCCCUCCUCUAUCGGUUGAAACACAUUUGUCCUUCCGCCACGCCGUACAAUUCCAUUCCAUCCCAGGUACUGAACGACACUAUCUGCCAUAUUACUAGCGACAUCACAAAGCUCGAGGUUGAUUGUAUUGUCAACGCUGCCAAUAAAUCGCUUCUUGGAGGUGGUGGUGUUGAUGGUGCCAUUCAUCGUGCUGCCGGCCCAGGCCUACACAGCGAAUGCCGAACCCUUGGAGGAUGUCAAACGGGGGGCGCGAAAAUCACUGGCGCGUACAAGCUUCCGUGUAAGAAAGUGAUUCAUACCGUUGGGCCUGUUUACUGGACAGAAACACAAAUAGAUGAAACUGAGCCUGGAAAUCUGCUUCGGGACUGCUACCGGAGGUCUCUGGCUCUUGCGGCAGAAAAUGGCAUGAAAACCAUCGCAUUUUCAUCAAUCAGCACUGGUAUUUACGGGUAUCCAAGUGCAGAGGCCGCCGAAAUUGCGAUACGGACAGUAAAAGAUUUUCUAGACGCGUGUCCCCAGUCUCUUGAAAAGGUUAUUUUCUGCACUUUUGAAAAGAAGGACGAGAAGGCCUAUCAAAUCAUGCUUCCCCGGUAUUUUCCACCAGUCACGCCGGAUCAACAUCAGUCGCCGCCCAUCGAGGGAAACCGUACCGUUGCGGACACCCAACCCCUACAAUCUUCUGACCUCCUCGCUGCUAGGCUACCCAAUGCUCCCACCUCUGAUCCUGUAGCACAAAGCCCGCAAAGCACGCUUAUUAUCUGUGAUCCGGAAGUGGCAAUAUCUGAAACCCGUACGUUAGACCGAGACGACGAUAAGAGCGAAGAUGAUUGGGAAAAGGUCGAUCAGCCUGAAGGCAUUACUCCCACCGAGAAAUUAGAUGAUGACCCAGUGGAGGUGGAUAAGGGCCCAACUGCUGCUGACGUCCAAAGUGUGGUUUCAAGUGUGGCAGAUCUGGGAUCGUCGACAGAGAUAAAGCGCAGAAACGACUAA